AUGCCUGCUCCUCGAACGAGAGGCAGGUACACUCAAGAAGAGCUCGAGUUCGCUGUGAACGAAGUUCAUCAAGGGCGACGUGGAACCGAUGUUGCCCGCGAUACUGGCAUCUCCUACGAAACCAUCAUGCGAAAGGUUCGCCUGCUCAAGGCAGGCAAGGACCUCACGCCAAAGCGGCGUGGUCCCAAGCCACUGUUUGCGGACUCGUUCGAGCAAGACACAGUCGCGGGUGGUGUUCGUUGUACCAAAGUGCGCAGUGCCAAAUUGAAAAUGGUCUCCAAAGAUUUCGAAGGACUCAGGAAACGUAUAACCUGUUAG